GUAACAUGGAGAGACACAAAAGGACACACAGUGGAGAAAAGCCAUAUAAAUGUGACACCUGUCUACAGAAUUUUUCACGGACGGAUCGAUUACUGAAGCACAAGAGAACCUGUGGAGAAGCCAUAAAGAAAGGUCUGGACCCAGGGAUGCUGGACCUCGGAGAUGAUGAGGACAUGGGUCAAGGCAGCUACCUACUCACUCAGGGAAACACUAGUGCCCCAUCACGCAAGAGGGGCAAGUCCAAAAGUAGCAAUGAUGGAGGAGAGCGACGAAGAAAGAAAGGAGCAGCUGCGGGAGGAGUAGUGCAGAUGGCACAAGGACUCUGCCCACAAGACUAUGCCUUGAACAUCCCCAGUGGAUCGGGGGCAUCUUCUUCAGGGGCUCUGGAUGAGACAAGCAUGGACAACCAGCAUGGAUGCACACCCAAGCUGGUCUUUAAGAAAGGUGGCCACAAGAUAAAUGACAAGGGUGCCGUUUCUAUGGAGGAGGCCAACCAUGUGCAGAAGCUGCUGACACAAAAGCAAGGCUCUAUGGACAUGUCUGGAGCCGGAAAUAUGGAUGGUCUUGGCCUCCUCCAAACCUCCAGUGGACCCAAACAAGGAGGUACCAGCAGCAAUUAUGAUGAUGCCAUGCAAUUUUUGAAAAAGAGACGGUACCUGCAUGCUGCUAACAGCGCAGCAGACUUCAGCUCUGUCCACCUUCCGCAGCCGACAGUAAUCCAGGGUGGCAUUGGAGAACCUACAUUGGCCUUGCUUGACACCUCGCCUUUGGUUAGCGUUGACAAGCAUGACAAAUCAGGGAUCCCAGAUGAGGUGCUGCAAAGCCUACUGGACCACUACAGCCACAAAUCUGAUGGCUCUCACCAUGAUGUGACAUUCGAUCUGCAACACCACAUGGAAUUGCAUCCAGCCUCCACCACCUCUGAACUGGGUCAGGAUGAGGGAUCUCCCGGCUCUGGAGACAAGAAUGGGGUGAUGAACGAGUACUCAAAGUUCCUGCUCCAGACCCUGGAGAGAACCAGCCAUAGCAGCAACUUUAUUUUGGGCCCAUCUGGACCCUACCCAAGCCUGUUGUCAUCUAGCAGUAGCCCUGUUAGCACACUCUUUCCAGACAAAAAUAUCUACACCACCUCACCACUGGAGUGUGGAUUCGGACAGCCUGUUUCCUCCCUUCUUGCACCUUCCUCCUCGACAUCCUUAAGCAAGUCCCAUUUCGGGAUACUGGUAGGUUCUUCGUCACCUUCCCAUGCCUCACCAUCCUCUCAACCGGCCUUUCAUCUUAGCAGUCUGGAUCCUGCCCCUCACCAGCAGCUUACCCCAUCUCAAGAGCUCACCGACCAGCUGGAGAAGCAGCACUCACCGCCAUACCCUCUUGCAACUCAGGAGCUGACCAAUGGUGGCAAAAAAGACCAGCAGUCCAAGAACAGUGGCUCUUUGGUCAACAGCAGCAACAACAGGAAUGGCACCAGUGGCAGCUCGUGUAAUGGCUCCGUCUACUCUGAGCUCACUGCCCUGGAGCCAUCUAAGGAAGUGGACAUGCGUUCCACCUACCAGAUAGAGAACUUCGCCCAAGCCUUCGGGUCUCAAUUCAAGUCUGGUUGCCGAACCCCACUUGGUUAUGGUGGCGACCCACGAGUGGGUGUUGCGGAGGUCGACCACAGGAUACAGCGGACUCCCGUGUCUGAAUUCUCAGGGUAUACUAGUCUGUUAGCAGAUGUCAAUGAGCCAGCUAGCUCAGGAUCCAAAACCCCCACAAGCCAAAGUUACAGUUCCUAAGGAGAUGAGUACUGGUACGUUUAACACAGACACAGCAACUGAUUCUACAGACGAUACUCCUGUCAGCACAACUGCUGCCACUACAACUACUACAACACAAGGUACU